AUGGGCGAACAUGAACCUGUCGUGUCGCAUGGCCGAGGAGGUCAAGGAAACAUCGGCGCUGACUCUACUCCCUACGUCGAUGGCGGUAUAGUCCGUGAAGGAGUCUACGGCGACCAGGGCGAUGGCGCCUAUUCUGCCGGUCGAGGCGGUGCCGGCAACAUCGGCUCUCCACAUGUGCGUCCGACGAGCAGAUCCCCUCACGACGCGGAGGUAAUUCCUGAACUCGCGAUCCGCAAUUCCGGCGACGGAGAUUACCACGUUGGGCGCGGCGGCCAAGGCAACGUGCACCUCGACGAAGAGCACAAGAAAGAGAAAGAAGAGAAGAAGCACCAGAAGUCUCUAGCUCAUGAGGGACUGGCGGAUAAAUUGAAACAUAAGUUGCUAGGGAGGAAGUAA